GCACUAGUGGCAUCUACUCGCGUAGAAACAACUGUCGAUAUCAAUCUCAUCUAUAUCAUUGUAUUCACUCGUCCAAGGUAUACCACCACCAUGAAUAAUAAGAAGCAAACCUUUGAAACUUGUAUGUGUGAAGCCCCGUCCCGGUACUUCCAAUCACAUCCAACACCCUAUCGAGAGAUCUGACAGUUUUCUGAACCGUCUGACAGAGUUGAGUAGCCAGAGUGCCGACGCACAUUGAGAUCUAGUGCACCCACACACACACUAAGGGAACAUGCAUGUGCGCAGCGCAUCCAUGUGGAAGUGAGAGCGUCACCUGCAAGAUUAGGGUUCCACCUCAGAGUGAAAAUAGGGAGGGGCGUUCAACGAUGUAGCAAGACACACGCUUAACACACAUGGAUGAAGACACGGCUAGUUAAUUAAGAAGCUAGCAAUAAACUAUUCAUCAUCACGCCACACCGCUAGUGGCAUGUGAUGAUGUCAGCAUGCUAAAGAAAUGGAAAAAUAUCCCGUCUUGUAGUACAUCCAUCUAGUACAGAGUCCAAAGUUGGACCCUGUACACACACCGUUGACAGCUCACCUUACCCCGCACCACACCCGGGGUUAUGUUAUGUACACUGGCCUCCUCAACCUACAUGAAACGCAGAUGCUUUCCCCUUUGAACAUUCUCCUCCUGCCAUAAUGUCGGCCGCGGUGCUGCGCAACUUCAAAAGAGAGGAGAAGGUAUGAGAGGAUGGUGACGUUCCUCCGGCCGCUCCCUCACGCUCAUGGACCGACCGCCGUCAACGUUCGCCUCCGGAGAAGCCACCGCCUCCAUUCGCCGUCGUCGUUGCUCCCCUGCCGCUGCGGCUGCCUCACGCCCAUGGCGGAGGACCCCCCGCACCCCCACCAGCCAACAAAGGAGGACGACACUGUCCCGAUCUCACAACAGCAACCAGAGCAGCAGCUGCCGCCAGCGCCAUCUUCGCCGCCGCCCGACGUCCAGGAACCAAGUACGAGCAGUAGCAGCUGCGGCGACACCAGUUCCUGGCUGCAGCUCGGUACCGGACAGUCGGCUUCGUCGUCUUUGCGCGGGAAACGGACAAGAAACGACUAUGAAGCUGGACCCUCGUCGUCCAUACAACCAGACGCUUCGCCGCCGCUGUCAGAGCUAGGGCUGUCUCUGUUCCCAGCUGGUUAUUCGUCGCCGUCGGUGGCGGCGGGUUCAGUGGUGGCGGCGGCGCCUCCUCCAGCGCACGAGGCCGGCACAUGGUUCGUGCUCCAGGCGGCGCAUAACCAGAGAAGGGAGCCGCCAUUGCCGCAGGUGCACAGGAGCUACUUGAGGGUUAGUAGAGACGGGCGGAUGACAGUUAGAGUAGUGAUGGGGUACCUGGUUAGCAAGCUGGGUCUUGAGGACGAUUCACAGGUAUGCCAUAUAGCAUCCGUCUCCUUUCCUUGUAAUUUGUCUGCACUCUUUCUUUGUGCUUAAUUUCUAUUUUAUGUGUGCCCUUUAAGUGCAGAACAGUGAUAUUUUCAUAGUUUCUACUCGGAUUUUCGUUUGGAUAUGAUUCACUGAAGUUUGCUUUAUUAAUUGAGCUGACUAGUCCCAUGAGCUCCCAAACAAACGAAAUGGUUCUAAUCGUUCAGCCAUUAAAGGAUCCGAAAGAAACCAUUUAGGCUUCCUUUGGUUUGUAGGAAUUUCAUAGGAUUUUUAUAGGACAGGAUUUACAAAGGAAAAAUUUCUUUGAAGCCCUUUGAUUUAUAGUAAUGGAUUCCUAUUCCUAUGUAGGAUAGGAAUCAAUCCUUCACAUUUUGAAGAAAAAAAAAACAUUAGCUAAAACUCAAUGAAAAAAUUACUAUCCUAUGUAUCAAAUGACAUCUUUUUUCUCUAUAGAAAUUGAGAUGCAUGUCAUCUCACUUCCUAUGAUUUUCCUAUUUCUAUAACAUUUCUAUCCUAUAAAUCAAAGGAGGCCUUAGCCAAAACUAAUACAUAUAACAUACUCCUACAUUAAUUAUUCAAGUACGAGUGUACCACAUUCAAGUGACUGAAACAGGUGUCGGUGUAUCCAAACAAGCCAUCAAGAAAAAGAAAUACCUCCCUGCACUGGAUAUUUUGUCUCUUUUUCGGUACUACUCCGUAUUAUAUUUAUAUGGUGUGUAAAAUAGAGAGAAUGCUAGAGAAAAAGUUAGGAGGAAAGACUGGCAGGGGACGCUAGAUAGUAGCUAGGGAAACCUAGCAGUGCAUCCAUGUCGCUACAGAUCUAAAUCGUGCAUGUUAUGAUACUCCCUCCGGUCCUUUUUACUCCACGUAUUAAAGUUGUAUCAAAUCAAACUUUGUAAACUUUAACCAAAUUUAUAUUAAAAAAUAUCAACAUAUACAAUACCAAAUAUAUAUACUAUGAAUCUACAUUUCAUAAUGAAUCCAAUAAUAUUAAUUUGACAAUAUGAAUGUUGAUACUUUUUUCUAAAAAUUUGAUCAAAGUAGAGAUGCUUUGACUUUGGACAAAACUUAUAUGCAGGCUAAAAAGGACCGGAGGGAGUAGUUUAAAGUGGCAGCGCACAAAUUGGUAGGUGAAAGGAGCUUUGGAGCUACGGACAGUAGUUUAGACGUCGGGAUUCCCAAGGGUCUUUGUUGCUGUUGUAGGUGACGGGUGCCAGUCCAUGCGUUACAUCAUGGCGCCACCCCAUGAUUAAGGUCUCUCUCUCUCAUGAAUGCUUUUGUGACUGCUGGUAGAUGCAUGCGUGCUUAUGGCUUACUAAUAUAUAUUUGGUGUGCAUGAUCUCCUUAAUUUAGUUGUGUCUACCCUGGACAUGGACCUGAACAAUAAGAAAUGGCAUCCCCUGCAAAAAAAAAAGAAAAAAAGCGGCACCACCGCCAUAACUAGGUGUGUAUUUUAGAGGCCUUCCGUGGGAGGGAAAAACUUUGGAGUGGUUGCCAGGUGCCGUAUUAGCAAGGCCAGUGCUAGGCGCCGGCGCACCGGCCCAAUCUUUCGGCCGGUCAGCCUCUAGUCGUGUGAUUGCCCUCUGUGAAACCGUUGGAUGCAGCCUAUAUUCGUCUCCUUUCUCCUCUUCACUCUGUUGGUCAACGUAUGUCGCUCCUCUUCCUCUCCAGCUCAUCUCCGCACAUCUCGCAUGUGCCGUACAGCACGCCUAGCCCCCGUCGUCAGUUACAGCACUGUCGCGUGCCCCAUUGCCUCUCGCCGCUCGGCUGUCGAUGAUCGCAAGAUGGAUGCGGCGGGGCUCGAUCUUCUGCUCUCUGCGAUUGCAGCUCUAUCCCCGGUUUCGGCGACCCGCCGUGAUUGCAGUACUCCCGACGACCAUCCACAUCUGGUUCGCCAUUGCCGGCUUCCACCACCGGUGGUCAGCAAAAAAAAACUCACAACAAAAAAAUGGUGUCUCUGGUUGUAACAAAUCACAAACAUGGUGCCAACAAAACACAUCACAGGUUCCAGCAAAAAAUCAUGCCUCCGCCCUCCGCCACCAGCGAUCCGCAAAAAUACAUCUCGACGAUCCAGCAAAACAACUUACCUGUUGUAGCAAAACAAAAAGGCGGUUGCAGCAAAAAUGAUUGUUCUUGCCGCCGCUGAAAAAAUCAUGUCUCCCCGCCGGCGGUCGCAACAAAAGUACAUGUCGACGAUCCAGCAAAAUAACUUACCGGAUGUAGCAAAAAAAAGGCGGUUGCAGCAAAAUAACCGGGCUGGUCGUUCGCAUCAUGUGGAUGUAGCUUUUUUGCCGACCGGUUCAAGCAAAAAUCCACGCUGGUUGUAGCACCGGUCACCUCCGG